GCCAAGUUGCUUCGCUUGCUUGGUAGGGUUUUCUCGAGUUAUAAGAAGGCGUCGUUGGAGGAAGGGAGAGAGAAAAAACCAGAUAAAGAGAUGUUGAAGCUUGUUGAGAAGGAUCCACCAUAUCCCCUUCAAAUGCGCAUGUUCGACAUACUUCAACAAGAAGCUCGAGAAAUAUCCUCUUCGAACUCUUCCAAUGAAGAGGCCGACGAAAAACCUCAGCUUGUGUCUCUUUGCCUCGGAAGGAGCCAACAUAUGAAUGACAAGAAGGAAACGGACGAGUCCAGCGAUCCUACACAAGACAUCAAGACCAGCCUCACUCUCGGGUUGGAAUUCAAGGGUGAAUUCUCGUCAAAGCUCGCACCAGAUCCUCAUCGCAAGAGCCGGUUGGAAUUGGGCAAUCCGGAUGAAGAAGAAGGGAAAGAAACUUGCCUGUCGAGUAGGAUUCGGAAGACGACUUGUGAUGGUGAAGAUAACGAGGUUUCACAGCAAGAGCAAGUGAAGAGAGCUAGGGUUUGCGUCAGGGCCAGAUGCGACACACCCACGAUGAACGAUGGAUGUCAAUGGAGAAAAUACGGACAAAAGAUUUCCAAAGGGAACCCUUGUCCCCGAGCAUAUUACCGUUGUACGGUUGUCCCGGCAUGCCCCGUCAGAAAACAGGUCCAAAGAUGUCCCGAAGACAUGUCCAUAUUGACCACCACCUACGAGGGCACUCACAACCACCCGCUUCCCGUUUCAGCCAGGGCCAUGGCUUCCACCACCUCGGCCGCGGCUUCCAUGCUCCUGUCUUCUUCUUCAACCUCCAACUCCGAUCAGUCCAGCCUCUCUGGUUCCACGUUCCACACAGGCCCGAGCUUCAGCACGUACGACAAUUAUUCAAGAAGCAGGCCCAUCUUCCUCCACCCAAACCCUGCCUCGGCUCUGAACCCAACAAUCACUCUAGACCUCACUGACGAUGCGCCACCAUCCGCUUCGACCAUGAGCCACUUCAAGUCCAAGUCCAACAUUGGGCCGACAUCUUUAUUGGGCUGCGAUUACACGAGCGGCCGUCCCAUGUUGUUGCCUGGUUAUGUCAUGGCCCAAGCUGGCCCAUUUGGCCAGGAGAAGCGACCCCAGCAAGAGCAGAUAAAUCACGGCACCAGCGGGGACAAGGACCAACAGAUUGAUUCUCAACAGUCCCUGACGGAGACCCUGACCAAGAUGCUCACGUCGGACCCGAGUUUCCAGUCGAUUGUGGCGGCGGCCAUUUCGUCCAUGGUUGGAGGCGAUAAGGCACCCACCGGCCAAGGCGGGACGGGAAGAUUUGGCCCGGCUGGACUAUGAAACAUCGAGGAUGUUCCGUUUUCUCCUAGGUGACAAGCUCGGACGAGACUCCACAACAAAAACACCCUUCGCUGGGGAUAACAAAAAUGCUAGUAUGCGCAAUUUUUUCAGUUCCGCAGAUGUUGAUGACUUCCAAUAAUCAUGAAGGCCUAGAACAGAACUAGUUAAAUUCUCACUCUGACUGCCUGCAAUUCUUGUUUUCUCGUGGAGAUCGGGAAAUGGAUAUUGCAUUGCCC